AGAAAACAUGCUGACUCGAGUGACCCGGAUUUCUCCUUUGCUCCAAAGCUCUGGGCCCAGCUCGGGAUACUUGCCACUGCUGUUAUGUAGAUAUGGCUCCGAUUCCAGGGAUAGCAGUUGGCUUCGCUCUCUCUUUGUGCGAAAGGUAGAUCCUCGCAAAGAUGCACAUUCCACUUUAUUGUCCAAGAAGGAGACAAGUGGUCUCUACAAGAUACAGUUUCACAAUGUAAAGCCUGAAUGCCUGGAAGAAUAUAAUAAACUGACAGAGGAAGUACUGCCCAAGCUACAUCAUGACCCAGAUUACCAUUGUGACCUAGUGGGCAAUUGGAACACAUGGUACGGGGAACAGGACCAGGCAGUUCAUUUAUGGCGAUUCUCCGGGGGUUACCCAGCAUUAAUGGAUUGUAUGAAUAAGCUGCGCAAUAAUAAGGAAUAUCUGGCUUUCCGAGAGGAGAGAAGCCGAAUGCUGCUCUCCCGCAGAAACCAGCUGCUCCUUGAGUUCAGUUUCUGGAAUGAGCCUGUGCCACGAAAGGGACCCAACAUCUAUGAGCUACGUACCUACAGAUUGAAGCCAGGAACAAUGAUUGAAUGGGGAAAUAACUGGGCUCGUGCAAUUAAGCAUCGUCAGGAGAAUCAGGAAGCUAUAGGAGGAUUCUUCUCUCAAAUAGGGGAGUUGUAUGUGGUCCAUCAUUUGUGGGCUUACAAAGAUCUUCAGUCCAGAGAGGAGACACGUAAAUCUGCUUGGACCAAACGAGGGUGGGAUGAGAAUGUAUACUAUACAGUUCCACUUGUCAGGAAUAUGGAGUCACGUAUCAUGAUCCCGCUUAAGAUCUCUCCCCUGCAGUGAUGCUCAUUAUCAAGUUUUCCAGAUUUUUCUGAAGAACUAUGUUCUAGAUUGAGUAAUGUGAAUAAAUUCUGCUCUGAUUCUUCUAAAUAGUAUAUAUGAAACAGAAGAAGGGGCAGGUCUUGCACCCAAUUACUUGACCAAAUCAUGUUGAAAUGCAGUGACUAAGAUGGGAAGGUGCAGCAUUUUCAUGAAGCCAUUAGCAUCUGCUUGUUAUUACUUUUCUGAUUAAUAACUUUACCUCAGAACAGGUGUUACGUUUUUUGUGCUGUCAAUAUUCGACAUUAGUUCUUUAAACAAGUAGCCUGGAAGGCCAGGUCAAAGCAACCUGUAUACCUUUGCGUAUUCUCCCUGCAUUUGUUUUUGACAUUUUACAUUCCCUUUGCUUUUCACCACAAUGCUACUGUAGUUUUAGCACAAGUCUCAGUCGUACAGUGUUUAAAAAAAAAUGGCCCACUCCCCAGUCACAUUUUAUGUUGCCCCCCCUGCUCUUUAGUUGGCCUGACAAAGUUAGUGCAACAGGAUUGGCAGUCACCAUGUCUGGCUGCAUCACAUCUGUGUGCUGGCUCCCUAGCAUUGAUCACCGAGCAGGAGCAUGUGCACUGUAAGCUGAUCCUGUGGCAUGGCCAGACAUGGAAGCCGCUAACUCUGCUGUGCUACUGUGCUAUGUCGAGCAAGGUACAGGGAAGGAGGGGUUCUUUGCGGGGGUGGGGGCAUUUUUAAAAAAGGGCUGAUGAAGGCUUUUAUUUUACUUUACCAAAUAAUUAUGUUAGCCAGAUGUAAGGGUCAGUUGCUUUCAUUCCUUUCAUUUUCAGGUGCCAUGCUCAGGGAACACUAUAAAACUUGCCGUCACAAACCAGUUGUCUCUGGCUUUGUAAUUUAAUGUCAGUGAAGAAAUCAUCUUUAAUAUGUGCUGUAAGAGUCCAAGCAUUUCCAAUGUUAGAAAAAAAUCCUAGUACACUUUAACAACAGUAAUGCUCUUUUAUUUGUCCUAUUGCAAUGUUAAGUUUGCUGCUACUUACAACGUUUGGUGAUGUUAAAUAAAUUGAUUUAUUUCAAGGUUUAAAACUGUUGGGUAGUACUUUCCAUGGU